AUGUCCCUUCAAAUCCCCCAAACCAUGAAAGCGAUUCGCUACAAUAAAAUCAAAGACUAUGAACUUGUGACCAUUCCGGUUCCUACCCCCAAGGCGGACGAAGUUCUUAUUAAAGUAAAAUCUUGUGGAAUAUGCGGCACGGAUUUGCACAUCCACGAUGGUGACUUCGAGUCCCGCAUGCCGGUGGUGACUGGCCACGAAACCUCUGGCGAAGUCGUGGCCAUUGGAUCCAAUGUCACAGGCUUUGCCAUUGGCGAAAGAGUUACGGGAGACAACUCCGAGCUGUGUGGGCAUUGCCAUUUCUGUCGGGAGGGGAAAUUGCUAUUCUGUGAGAAUUUCGUUGCUCACGGUGUUCAUUUGAAUGGCGGUUUCGCGGAAUACUGCAUUUUCCCUGCUGCUAAACUGUUUCAUUUCUCAGUUUGCUCGUGGGAAGAAGCUUCGCUGUUCGAAGCCGCCGCAUGUGCGGUCCACGGCCUCGACCGCCUGCUUCCUCGUCCUGGCUCCACAGCCUUACUUCUUGGUAUUGGACCGACUAGCAUCUGUCUAGCACAGCUGCUCAAGCUGAACGGUGUCCAGAAGCUCGUUGUCGCCGCCCGGGCUGGCGACAAGAUGAAUCUAGGCAAGAACCUCACAGUUGCUGACGAGUACCUUGAGCUCGACCGCAACAACGAAGAACUAAACAGUCAGAAGUGGGCCGAUCUGCAAACCAAGUACCCUCACGGCUUUGACAAUGUCAUAGAUGCAACUGGUGAUCCAAGAAUGCUGAAUCUAGCCAUCGAUUUCUGCACCAAGAGUGGAAAAGUGAUGUUCUAUGGGGCGUAUGCGCCGGAAGAGAUGAUCGAGGUUUCUCCAGGCAAGAUCUUCAGAGACGAGAUCACGAUCCUUGGGUCUUUUUCUCAGAUGUGGUGUUUACCGCGUGCGAUAGAGUAUUUACAGAGUAGGAAGGUAGAUGUGAGAGGCGUGGUGACGCAUACAUUUCCUCUUGAGAAGUUCGGCGAUGCGCUUGAUGCUAUGCGGACGAAGAAGUGCAUCAAGGCCACGAUCAUUCCUUGA